AGGCGUCCAGUCAGCUUUUAGUCAUUUUAACAUAACUGCAGCACAACAUGAGCUCGCUCAUCAUGUUGGGAGAGCAUCCUUUAGCAGAUGUUCAACAUGACAAUACAGUAACAGGGUUUUUGCAUUUAAGAACCAUCAUUGGUUGGGCAGCAGUUUACAACACUCUGCGACUACGUCAGUCUGCUGAUCGCAGUUAAAGCAGUCACUAAUGAAUAAACCGACUCAUUAAUGUGAUGUCUGAGCAUUUAAAAGUCUCCAUCAGUCUGUGGGAGGUUUCCUGCAACAGUGAAUGCAAAGAAAGAGUCGUCUAAUUGUGUAACGGAGACCUUCAAGACAACCGGUUUGUUUUUCAAAGGUUCUAAUGUCACGUGAGUGGAGUAGGAUAACAUCAGAAAACAAGCUGCAGCCCAUCAUGGCCUGGCCACUAAAAAUAACGGUCAGACAAGUUGGUUCAUUUGCUGUUUAUCUAAAUUUCACAAACCGUGUUUUCCUGCAGUGACAUUAACUUGUUGAGCUAUCUGACAUCAGGAAAAGGUACCAGUCAUGUGAGUCAAAAUGCAUCUUCUGGAAAUAAAAAAAAACCUUCAGGAUGUCACAUGCAUGCUGCUGCUGUUGUGAGUGGCCAAUCUAAUUCACUAAAGUGUACCAUACACCUAGUGGCCUGUCUGGAGGGGGCUGCUGAUCUUGACCUGCUUUCUGAUUGGUGGGAGUUUUACACAGCCUCAUGGACUUGUGACUCAAGUCACCACCUGUACUUGCUGCAGGGUGAGGUUGAGGAUACAAUAACUCCUGAAAACCACAGACUAACAAAGCAUGUCAACAAAUUCUCACCAGGUAAUCCUGGCAGGUUCAAACUAAGAAAAGAGGAUUACUUUAUUUACUGAAGAUCACUUUUCAUUUAACGAGCCUCUAUGUUUUAAAGUUGCUGUGUUUUCUAUUGAUGCAAACUAUCUAACAAAUCAGUCCUCUCCCUCUUGAGGGUGAUUGGGGUUUUUUGUUGUCCAUGUCCAAGUGCAAGAUAGUUUUGUUACAUACUUGAAAAUUGGGGUGAAACUGUAAGGAUCACAAAUCAUCAGAUGGUGAUCUCCAGCUUUUACUGGAGCAGUUUGCAGCCAGGAUGAGAAUCCGCUUGUCCAAAUCCGAGACCAUGGUCUGGAGUCAGAAAAGGGUAGAAUGCCUUCUCCAGGUCAGAAAUGAGGCUGUGCCCCAAGUGGAGGAGUUUAAGUAUCUCGGGGUUGUGUUUAUGACUGAGAGAAAGGUGGAGAGGGAGAUCGACAGGCGGAUGUGUGCUCUUGGUGUUGUACCGGUCUUUCGUGGUGAGAAGAGAGCUGAGUCUAAAGGUGAAGCUCCUGAUUUACCAGUUGAUCUACGUUCCUACCCUCAUCUAUGGUCAGAAGUUUUGGGUAGUGACUGAAAGAAUGAGCGGACAAAAUGAGUUUUCCUCACAGUGUGUCUGGGUUCUCUCUUAGAGAUAGGGGGAGAAGCUCAGUCAUCUGGGAGGGGCUCGGAGUAGACCUGCUGCUCCUCCACAUCGAGAAAAGCCAGUAGAGAGGCAUCAGGCAUCUAGGAUGCCUCCUGAACACCUCACUGGUGAGGUUGUCCAGGCACUUCCAACGCGGAGGAAGCCUAAAAGGAAAACUCAGGACAAGCUGGAGGGGCUAUGUUUCUUAUCUGGCCAGGGAACACCUUAGGAUUUCCCCGGAAGAGCUGGACCAGGUGGUUAGGGAGAGGGAUGCUCUGCUUAGGCAGCUGCUUCCUUGAUCUGACCCCAAGGAAGAGGAGGAUAUUAAUGGAUAUAUGGAUGAGAUAGCUCACAUCAGAGGAGAACUAAAAGUUUGAACUAAGGUAAACCUCUUGGACAAGAAGUGAAACAUUUUCAAAUAUGUAGUCUGGUUGCUUUUGUUUGAUCCUACAAGGAUUCCCAAGCCCUGGAUGCCUGAGAAAAUUCACUAGCAUGUUGUCGGGAUUUCUCUAUUUUUCAAAUAUUGGACCUGAUGUUUGUAGUGCCAUAAACUGGUUCAAUUCAAACCCCUUUUAAAACUAUGCCUCAAAUGUUAAAGCUGUGCACCAAAAAAAAAAAAAUCUAAUUAGCUUGAUGGUAAAUUUCAGGAAAACAUACUAACUGCACUGUGUAACAUAUCCACCAGAGAGCACAAUAAGCUGCAGGUGACUUGUUAAGUUAGUCUGUGGGCGGAACACUUUCAUUUUAUCAACAGUCCUGUUGCUCAGUGCUUUUAACUUGCUGCGUUCUGCUUAUUUUGCAUUUCUCAAUCUAAACAACACGACUUGCACGCAAGACAAAGCAGUCAUUUCAGACGACCCCACACCAAGAAGCUGGACAUGCAUUCGGCCGCUGACACUGAAGCAGACUACCCUAACAGGAAGCUUAAACUUUGUGGUUAACCAACCACAGAGCAUUUGACUUGAGACAGGAAGUUAGCAUCAUUGGUGUUUAGGGGCUGUAAACGGUUGCUUUGCUGUGAGUAUUCUCACAUACAUCAAGAUAGUUGCCUUAAAAAUGGCUCAGGGAAAGGAUCAGUCCUUUGCCAGCCGUUUAAUUCACAAAUAUCUAAAGAGUGGACAAGAGCACAAAGGGCUGGAGACUGAGGUGCCUCAUAUCUCCGAAUUCACCGUCAUGUGGGAUAAGUUGAUGAAAGAGUUCUUAGCUAAAGCCAAAGAAGAUUUUUUAAGAAAAUGGGAGUGUCCGCCACAAUGCACAACAACCCUGGAUGAGUUUGAAAGGUACAAGACUCUGGGCACUGGCUCGUUUGGACGAGUAAUGCUCGUGAGACACAAAGGAAGAAACCAGUUCUAUGCCAUGAAGAUCUUGGACAAACAAAAAGUGGUAAAGUUAAAGCAGAUAGAACACACGCUCAAUGAAAAAAGAAUUUUACAGGCCGUCUCCUUCCCCUUCCUCGUAAGAUUGGAAUACGCUUUCAAGGACAAUUCAAACCUCUACAUGGUGAUGGAAUAUGUUCCAGGAGGCGAAAUGUUCUCACACCUCAGACGCACAGGAAGGUUCAGUGAACACCAUGCAAGAUUUUAUGGAGCUCAGAUAGUGCUCACUUUUGAGUACCUUCACUCUUUAGACCUCAUCUACAGAGACCUGAAGCCUGAAAACCUGCUCAUAGAUCAACAUGGAUAUAUCCAGGUCACAGAUUUUGGCUUUGCCAAACGAGUAAAAGGCAGGACCUGGACAUUGUGUGGUACUCCUGAGUAUCUGGCUCCAGAGAUCAUCCUCAGCAAGGGCUACAAUAAAGCUGUGGACUGGUGGGCACUUGGAGUUCUCAUCUAUGAGAUGGCUGCUGGGUACCCUCCAUUUUUUGCUGAUCAGCCCAUCCAGAUCUAUGAAAAGAUCGUCUCCGGCAAAGUACGAUUCCCGUCCCACUUUAGCUCUGACCUGAAGGACCUGCUGAGGAACCUGCUGCAGGUGGACCUAACAAAGAGAUAUGGCAACCUGAAGAACGGCGUGAACGACAUCAAGAACCACAAGUGGUUCUCCACAACGGACUGGAUUGCCAUCUAUGAGCGAAAGAUCGAAGCCCCCUUCUUGCCAAAGUGCAGAGGACCGGGAGACACGAGCAACUUCGACGAUUAUGAAGAGGAGGACAUUCAUGUCUCACAGACGGAAAAAUGUGCUAAAGAGUUUGCUGACUUUUAGUGAAUGGGUACGAGUCCCAUCAGGGCUCGGUUGUUUUGGGAUAUUUGCACUCUGCUGAGUGUUUCGGUGGAACCGAGGCCAUCACACGCUCCAAAUAGUUGCCUCGUUCUUCCAUUCUACACGGCUGAAUGAGGUUGUUUUUGCCAUGCCCCUGGGUGCUGUGAGCACCAGUCCACACACAGACAAAUAAUCAAGACACCCCUCGUGCUGCAACACAAAUUAACAUGAAGCAUCUUUCCCUCUUUAAGUUUUUCCAGCAACAUGCAUAGCAAGUUUUAUUCCUAUUUGCAAGAGGCACAAAGCAUGAUAGUAUUAGCUGGUGAAUAUCACAAGGUUUGAACGAAAGGUAAUUUUCUUUUUAUUCAGUAUCUGUUAACACCCCCCACCCCCACCCCCACCCACCCCCCCACCCACACACACACACACACACACACACUGUCUUUUAAGCUUCGGUUGAACAUUCUCCAAUCAAGAUUGCAGCCAAUAUUUAUCAUGCUGGUGUUGCAAUUAUGUAUGAUCAUAUCUAUUGAGACAUUUUUUUAAGAGCAUGACCAAAAUUAAAAUCUAUUUUUCAGCAAAGGGGGAGAAACACAGAUGAGUUCUGGUGAGUUUCUCUGCAGCAGGCAUUCGUUUUGUAAACCGUUAGAAAAUUCAACCAUAAUGGUGAUAGGAGCUGUGUUAGCUAAUCAACUGUAGCAUUGUUCUUGUCGUUCAUAUCUGGUCGCAGGGCAUUUACUUUUUACCUCAGUCAGUUCAUGUGGAUUUAAUCAAUGAAGAGACGUUUACAUAUGUUUCAGUUACAAAUCUGUUUUGAGAGAUUUGAAUCUGAAGACAUUUGUGCACAUGACAGAUCAUUUAAAAAAUGCAAACAUGAGUGCACUGACGUGGCGUUUUUCAGCAGUUGCAAGGUUGAUUUAUUUUUUAUUUUUUACUUGAGGGUAUAAACAUGGGUAUGAAGAAGUGGUGCUCACGUGGACAAACUUGGUCCUCCAGGGUUGGCUUUUGUCUCUCAGAUGCUGUGUUUGAGCAGAGCACUCAUCAAGGAUUGUGUAUCUGUCACGUGUUUGUUUUGUUUUUCAUGUAGCAUGUUUUUGCUUGUACAGCAGUAUCACCACAAUCGACAGUGUUUCCACCAUUUUGUUUAUUCUGUCACCUUUAGAUUGUUCCACGGCAAGUGGCUCCAGAACAGUGGAAGAGUGUGAGAUCCCAUUUGAACUACAGCCAAAUCGUUUUGCUGUUAUUAUUCCACAACACAGAUUAACCCACCUGCUUUCUGCUGUUUUACAUUCUAGUUUUUGACUUAAAACUGGAUCAAGAUCGACUCAUUCUGCGUUGUUGAGAACCACCAAUGAACAAAAGUCAUAUUCUUCUUCAAAAGGAGUUAGUUUAAAUUCCAAUUUUUCUUUAUUAUAAGCGGUUUUUAUUUUUAUAGUGUUUGUUGCAUAUUUUCUUUCAUUAGAGGAAUCUUUUUAGAGGGUUUCCUCUAUGUUUGGCAACACUUAAGGUUUUCCUCUGCUAAAAUCUGUAUGUCAAAUUACACGGCAUUGUGCUUUAGUGAGGGCUUCUUUACAGAAGUUCUGCUUUUCUAACCUUAUUGCUUCAGAGACAAGUAUUUCUCUUCCUGUCCGUCUCAAAGAAGUCGAAAUUUACAUUUUUUGGAGGUUGGACCCUCAAGGCUGAGGAGAAUUCAGAUUAUACAAUUUAUUAAAGUCAGUUUGAAGUCUCAGAACUUUCCAGAAGUUUCAUAUAUUUUCUGUGAUUCUUAGAUUGCUGCAAAAAGGGAAUUUAAUGAAAAUUGACAGCCUUGGAAAACCAUUUGUGAAACAUUUUGUCUGAACUGGUACAUUUUUUUCAGUUCGAGCCCAUAAAUAAGUUUUAUGUAUUUUCUUUCAAAGGCACAGCUACUUCAUCAGCAGGUUUUAUUUAUAUUCAGAGAUGUCUAAUAACAUGUUUAAACAUAUAUGAGUUUCAGUGUGUUUAAGAAGACUUGAAAAGAUUUUAUUUUCAAAGGAGUUAUAAAAGGAAAUGUCCAAUUAUUUAUUUGUAUGCCUUUCUUUCUUUUUCUUUUGCCAUUUUAGAAUAAAAGUGUUCGUUGAUGCACAUUGACACUUAUAAUGCCUACCAAAAUCAUGUUUGUUUUCCUAGAAAUUCAACUUAGACCCUUAAAUGUUUAAAGGAUGAACAUAUAAUCCUCAGAGUUUUGCAACAUAUUUUGUUUAAAUGGAAUUUGGAAAGUACACCUGAUCAAGGAUGUGUGUCUGAACUGCCUGUGUGUUUAAAUCCUUCCAGAAACGAUCCGCAGCGCUUCUUCGUCAUCUGUCCUACCCCUCCUCGUGUGUGUGUGUGUGUGUGUGUGUGUGUGUGUGUGUGUGUGUGUGUGUGUGUGCGUGUGCGUGUGCGUGAGAGAGAGAGAGAGUGUGUGAACCGAUGUAAACGAGGGCACCAUUUUCCUCCUGAGCCACCUCACACUCCUGACUGGAGGAAAUCAAUCAGUUAGUUUGUAUAGCUAUAGUCACGCGUGCCAGUACGGAAUCAAUAAUCUGAAAUGUGUCUGUAUUCAGUUUGUGAAACUUUGCACAUCAUUUAGAGAGCUGGCACAAUUCUCCCCUCAGUCAUAUUUACUUGUGUUCGCAAAGGAAAUAUACUUUGCUGUAGCAAAUUUUAUGUAACAAAGACUAUGUCAUUAUAAUAAAUUCUUUUUAUUAAAUUAAA